CACAUCUCCAAAAACCCAUCUCUUCCCCGACGCGAUCUUCUAAUACAAUCAUGUCCGCCGCAAUCGCCGCCGCCACGGCCGCCGCCCAUUCCAAUCGCAGACAAUAUUAUACCUCAUACAACAAUAUCAUCGAAACAUCAAACACCGUACCCACAUCACUAACCUCUUUACUAAUCAACAACCUCCAUCCAUCUCUUGUCCAACCAUCUCUCAACCGCUACGAAUCUCAAAAACGCCGCGAUUGGAACACAUUCACUCAAUAUCUCCGCAACCACCGUCCACCGCUCAUCCUCAACCGCUGCAGCGGCGCAAACGUUCUAGAAUUUCUCAAAUAUCUCGACCAAUUCGGUAAGACAAAAGUUCAUACCGUUAAUUGUCCUUUCUUCGGACAAUCCCUUCCAUCGCAGCACUCGCAAUCGCCAUGCCCAUGUCCUCUCCGUCAAGCUUGGGGUAGUCUAGACGCAAUCGUCGGCCGUCUUCGUGCCGCUUUUGAAGAAACCGGCGGGUCGCCUGAUUUGAACCCGUUUGCUUCUAUAGCUGUCCGACUCUAUCUUCAUGAAGUAAGGGAUAUGCAAGCGAAAGCUAGAGGUGUUACCUAUGAGAAGAAGAAAAGGAAGAAACCAAAUCAAGAAUGAACCCAUCUAAUCAAAUUGUAAUCUUUUGAUGAUUUUGCCUUUUCCUUUGUUCACCAUCCUUGUCUUAGAUUAAAAAAUAGUAAUUGGACACAAUUAUAGGCACAAAAUAUGGUUUGAGUGGA